AUGGUUAGUAAAUCGAUGGCUGAACAGUUAAAUGGUGGAAUGAAUAAUUUCCGUAGACUUGGAUUUAUUGGUGGUGGAAUUAAUGAAAAUAUAAGACCAUUGAUUUGUGAACAAGAUGAUGAAUUAACCGAAGAAAAUCAACAACAACAUUUUCGUGAACAAUUUUCUCCCUCAUCAAUUUUGUCAAUGCGUGGGGGACGUGGCGGUGGUGUGUGCAGUACAAAUAACAGUAUUUAUAUGAGAGGAGGAAUAGGCCCAGGACGUCGAGUUUUGAAAUUGGGAGUUGGAGGAUUUACUGUGAGACACACAAAAAGUGCUGCUGGAGGAGGAAUUAAUAGCCGUUCACAGUCUUUUGGUGGUUCUUCAGCUGGAUUCUCUCCUCAAUUAGAAGAUGAACAGGGGCAAAUUGAGGAUGAUAAAAGUUUGGCUUUGUUGAAUGCUGGAGUUACUUUGGGUGGAAAGCCGAGAAUGAGGCGUCCUAGGAAAUCUAGAAGACCACAAUUGGAAGAUGCUUAUCCUGCUAAUAUUCAGGAAUCAUUUUUUGGUGUUGCUGCAGUUGAAAGUCGUUUAUUAGCAGAACAAAAUGUUGAAGAACCUUUACUUGUUGAAUAUAAUAAAAUUUCCUCAAAUGUUUUUGAUGCUGGAAAAAUUGGGACAGAACUUUCUGAGCAUUCGGCUGAACUUUUACGAAACGAACAAGAAAUGGAUAUGUUAGAUGAUAUUCCUUUAGUUGAUGAUAUUGGUUUGGAUAUGGAAAGUUUAGAUUUUACUGAUUUGCUUGUUAAUGAGGAAGAAGAUGUUGCUAUAUCUUCUGCUAUUGCUGCUGAAAAUAUUGACUCUUUGGAUGGUUUCAAUGCCGGAAGUUCUUCAAGUUUAUUAACUAAUAAUGCUGUUGAAAUUUGUUCUCCACCAUCAGCGUCAACUAUUCGAACACAAUCUAGAAUGCAACAAAAUAAUAGUAUUGAAUCUUGUGUUACUCAAAAUGCUUCAAAUAUUUAUCAAACGGUCAAAGAAUCAACUCCAAAAUUAAUUGAAUAUCAAAGAUUGAGUGCAGGUGCUUUAGCCGUUGAACGUUGGGAAGAGGACGAACCACUUGGUGAUAAAGCAACAAAAGCUGCUGUGCUUUAUUCAAAUAUUCAACAUCCAAAUUUAAAAGAAAAGUUUCCUUUGUGGUCCGAUCGUGUUCGACAAAUAAAUAAAAUUUGGAGAGAAUUAAAUCCUGAAAAACGUCAAGAAUUUGUUGAAUUAGCCCGCAAAAAUCGUUUAAAUUGUCCUACACCUCGAAGACGAUCAAGAAGGGUUGUUAUAAAUCCAGCAACUCAACAACAGCUAUCUUUGGAACAUAAUACUUCUGAAAUAUCUCAAACUGGAGAUACUUCUAUUAAAAUUAAAGAAGAAGGCUCGUUGGAUGUUGCUUUCCGUGAAGAACUUUCAAUGACAGACCAAUUAUCGAACCAAUCGACAGGCGGUUCUUGUUCAUAUUCCAAUACUACAUUUAUUGGAUUGGAUAAAACAUCCGAAGAUAAGCAGCACCCACAAACAAUUCAACAACAAUCCUCAUCAAUUGACUCACAACAAUUAUAUUUUGAUGAACAAGGAUUAAAAUUAAAAGAAGAAUUGCGAAUUGAAGAAGAAAAAAUUGAAAAAAUGAAAAAAACAAAGAGGGCAUUAGCAGCAAAACAGAGACUUUUAAUUAAACGGCAACAAUCACAACAACAAGAAGGGGGAGGAGGAGCUGGAACUGGAGGAGCAUGUUCAUCUACAACAACAAUUCCAUCAUCCCCACAACUUUCUUCAGAAGAGUUGACAGCACUUCCUUUGCCACCAAGACGUGGAACUUGUGAUUUAGUUGAAGUUGAAGCAAAUUUAUUAGCUACAAAAAAUUGUAUACAAGAACAACAAAAAUUGGUGGAUGCUGGAAGACAAAAAUUGAAAAUGUAUUUAGGCAAACAACAACAACAAAUGAAAAAUAUUUUAAUAAAUAAACAAUUGGAGCAGCAACAUCAAAUAUUUUUACCUCCUUCAACAUCAUCACCUCAAUAUUAUUCAAAAUAUUUAAUUCAACAACAAUCAUCUAGUACAUCAAUUAAUAAUUUGUAUGAUAUUGAAGGGCAACAACAAUAUUUUAAUAAAAAUUCUGGUUCUUUUGAUCAGUCAUUAACAGCUUCAUUUCAACCAAUAAAACCAACACGUGGACGAAAAAGGAAAAAGCCUCCUCAUGAACAUAUUCGUUCUCAAAUUCUCGGCAAAAUAGUCUAUUCAACUUUACAAACACAAGAAGACAGGGAUGUUUAUGAUGUAAUUGAUGGACUUGUACAUACAGUUUCCAGUAAUUUUAAUAGUGCAAAUAAAGCAGCGGAUGCUCUAUUUAUUAAAAGAAUUUUGUUUUCUCAUCAGCAACAAGAACAAAAUUUGAAUUUGGCAACGAGAAGUAGUAGAGAUGGAGGAGAAUCUUGUAGAGGAAAGAAAAGAAGCCUUAAUAAGCAAAAUAAAUGCCAAGAAACUACUACAGAAGUGAAAAAUGAUUUUAUGAGGUGCCAAGACAGAAUAAAGGAAGCGUUAGAUUCAUUACCUCCAUUAAUAACAACAUUAGAACAAUAUAAAGAAUAUGAUCGUCAUAUAUUAAAAUAUCCUAACCAAAUUGGUAUGCCUGAUAAUCCUGGUUAUGCUGAAUUUUCGAAUAAAAAUGUUAAAGUUGGAGAAUAUAAACUUGAUUUUAUGAUUGAUUUUUAUGAUGAAUUGGAAACUAAUAGAGGCGAUUUUAUUGAAGAAGAAUUUUUUUUUGCUCCAACAAUGGAUGAAAUUUGUCAAUUUGUUGAUUUGGAUAUGCUUGAAAGUUUUGAUGAUGAUAGCCUCUCUACUAUACCUUCUGGUUCUUUUGAAAUUAAAUUUGGAACUGAUUUUGCUGAUAAAAUUAGAGAAAUGAGUUUUAUUGACUGGACAAAUCUUUCUAUUGAGAAUAUUGCUGAUAAAGGAAAACUUAUACGUUCUGCUUUGUUACCUGGAGGAAGUGGACCAGAAGUUGACGUUCCUAUAGAUCCGCAUUGGUCUAGAUUUGAGAAAGAGGAAGUUAACCCCCUAGAACGUGAAGUAGAAGUAAUUAUUGAUUAUGAUCCAACAAUAACUUUGCGUGAAGAUAUGCUUAAAAAAUUACAAAAAUUACUGGGAAUAGGAGAAAUAUCAGCAGUUGAAUUAGAAACACCCCCACAAACACCAGCAUCACCACCACAACAACAACAAACACAAUUAAUAACAAAUUCUAAUAAUUUAUUGAGUGGAAAUGUUGAAAAUAUUAGAAAUGUAAAUUUGAAUGAAAAAAAUUCUUUAAUUAUUUGUAAAAAAUGUGAAAAUGUGUUAGCACCAGAAAAGAGACCAAUUGAAGAAUUUGCUGUAAAUUUGGGAUUGUCUAAUGAAAAGUCUGCAAUAAUUACUUUUUGUUCAAUGCCAUGUUAUUUUACUUUUCUUGCUGAUAAACGUAUUCCUUUAACUGUUGAAUUAUUAGGGAUGGCUGAACGUUGUGUAAAUGAGGAAACCUUAGAAAUUUUACGUCAAGCAAGUGUUGAUAAUUUUGCAAAGAAAAUAAAUAAUGGAGGAGGAGAUCAACAAGGAGGCGGAGGAGGGGGAACUGAAGAAAAUUGUGGAGAAUUGCUAGAUUUAAAUUUACCGAGAGAAUUACGUUUAAAAUGUUCAGAAUUGGCAACUUUAAUUCAAGCAGAAAAAGAUAAAAAAGAAAAGAAUUUGAUGAAUAAAAAAAUUUUUAAAUGGAGAGGACAUGGAUGGACUAGAUGUGAUGUUGAAUUAAUUAAUUCUUUUAAUAAACAACAAGAGGAAAUUAAAAAAAAAAUUGACUCAAUCUACCUUAGAACAGCAAAUAAAAAAUAUGAAAUUCUUCGAAAUGAAGAUACUAGAUUUUGUGCUUUUUGUGGAGAAUUAGGUGAUGGUGAUCAAGAAUUGACUGGACGUUUAUUAAAUUUGGAUGCCAAUGAAUGGGUACAUGUAAAUUGUGCUUUGUGGUCAGCUGAAGUACAUGUUACUGAAGAGGGUGCAUUAAUCAAUGUGGAUGUCGCUUUACGUAAAGCACAAAAAGUUGAUUGCAAAAUUUGUAAUAAAAAAGGAGCAUCAAUACGUUGUUAUAAAUUGGAUUGUAUAAAUAAAGAUUUUGCUUUUCAUUUGCGUUGUGCUAAAAAAUGUAAUGGACAUUUUUUAAAAGACAAGGUUUAUUUUUUGAAAUUUUUUUUAAAAAUUAAUUUUUGCGGACAAAAAUUGCGGAUUUUUUGA